CAGGCGGGCGGACACAGGCUCAGAGUGCCGAGUGCGUCGGAUGUCCUCUAAUCGUGCGAGUGUCCUUUGUGUCUCUUGACGUGCGUCGUCGUCGUCGUCGUCGUCGAAAGUCGACAGGAGAAGCAAAAACCAAAUCGUACAAUUACACAAAAAUUAUAUCACAAUUUCUCUCGACUGCAAAAGAAGCGCUCCAAGAAUUCCAAUAGGAAAAAUAUAUUUUAGUUAUAUAUCCAAUUGGAUCGUCUAUAAAACAUACAUACAUGUAAAUGUAAUACAUAUUGCUUAACAAUAAUAAUAAGAGCGAAUAUUUGUCUGUUUUUUGUAUGUGAUUUAUUUGUUACUUACAACAAUAUUGUGUGCGAAAAAAAUCAAAGAAAAAAUUGAAACGAAAAUCGGAAAAACGAAAAAAUAGAAAAAGUUUGUAGCCCAAUACAGAGGGCAGUAUUAUGGAAUCGAAGCAGGUUGCAAGUGGUAUACCCGAAACAUUCCGAACUCCAAUCACAUUUAUGAUCACUCAAGGUCCUCUCAAUUCCCUAUAUGGAUAACGCAAUAUUUUGUUAAUUAUAAGGAUUCUACGCUUGUCGUAGAACAAUUCUAGAAAAUCAUCAACAAUGAAACUAUCAAACAUUUUUACAUACUACAACACCUUGGAAUUCGGGUAACGGCAACAGGAAGUCUUCAAAUAUUGUAAACAUAUUAAGUAUUCAAAACCAAUUUAAACAUAUUGCUGAAACCGACAAGAAAAUAGCCCAAAGAUACGUUGCAGUCACUUAAGCAAUUCGAAUACGUAAAAUUCAAGAUCCCAAGAGAAAAUCAAAAACACCCUGCGAAAAAAGAAGCAACAGCAUUAAUAAUAACAACAACAACAACGGAGGUGCUUAACCGUCUGAAUAACGGCGGUUUAUCCAUUAUUCGAAAAGAGGGCCAUGGAACCGCCUGGCUUGCCCGGCUUGCCGCCAUCUAGAGAUCGACAGUUAGUUCUGUGCAAUGAGUCAACAUCGCCACACAUUGUCGUCACAACUUCCUCAACUAUAUCGAAAGAGCCACAGAUUCAAAAUCCGCAGCAACAUGUGAAGCCAACUUCAUUGAGUUUGCAGCCGCUGGUUGCGUUGCCACAGGGACAAGGACAGACGCAAGAGUUGCCCGCGCACACACAAGCCAACAACAAUCGAAUAACGUCCACAACAACAACAACAACUACAACAACAGCAGCAGCAACAGCAAUUGGCAGCGGCAACAGCAGUAGUAGUAAUAUUCAUUGUGCCAGCAGCAUUCCCGAUUUGGCAUCCACGGCAACUGCCAUAUCUGCCACGACUCAGGCGGCAACUGCAUUCAGUGGCAGUGCAGUAGGUCAUCACCAUCCACAUCAGCACCCACAUCAGCAUCCGCAUCAGCAUCCACAUCAGCAUCCACAUCAGCAUCCACAUCAGCAUCCGCAUCAUCAGCAACAUCAGCCAGCGGGCUCAACAACAGCGGCUUCUCAUCAACACCAUGGCUCGACCUGUGGCUCUGGCUCAAUCGGCAGCAAUUCGCCGUUUUGUGCAACCCAACUACCGCAGCCCCAAACAAUUGAGAAGCUCUCCCGUCCGAUGUCAUUCGACAAGAUGGAAAUGCUGGUGCGUGAGAUGCAGGAUCAAGAACAUGGAGUUCCAGUUCGACAACAGAAGAUAUUCCUCACAUCCAUACCAUAUGCAUUUAUGGGUUACGAUCUAAUUGAGUGGCUCAUGGAUCGCCUUCAGAUUGAGGAGUCGGAGGCGUUAAACAUUGCUAAUCAAUUAUGCCUUCAUGGCUACUUUUUUCCUGUCAACGACUCCAAGAUGCUGACCGUCAAAGACGACUCAUCGCUUUACCGCUUCCAAACACCUUACUAUUGGCCCUGGCAGCACAAGGCACCCGACAAUGUUGAAUACGCGAUUUAUUUGGCAAAAAGGUCACUACGCAACAAGCAGAGGCACGCCCUUGAGGAUUACGAGGCGGAAGCCUUGGCAUCGCUGCACAAGAAUCUAAAGGGCAAGUGGGACUUCAUUUCCAUGCAGGCCGAGGAGCAGGUGCGCUUGGCCAAGGAUCGCAAGAAGGGUGACAAAAUCGUUGGUGAUUCGCAAGAGCGUGCUUAUUGGCGCGUUCACCGUCCACCACCUGGUCAAUUUACGCCGCUUGAGCCGUGUCCGGUUCCAUCGCGGGAUCGCCAGGGUCUUAAGUCAAACAAAAAGAAGACUGUUGUUGAUGAUCUACAACGCGAAGUCGACUAUCUGGAGAAAUCGUUGAAUCGCACGCGCAUGAAAAUGUCGCAAGCAUGCGAAUCUCUAGUCGCGUAUUCGGAAACGUUUAGCGAAUACGAUUUCUUUCUGCAGCCAGCUCUGCCCUCGAAUCCUUGGGUCACCGAGGAUAUUGCAUUUUGGCAAUUGAACAGCACUUUUGUUGAUAUACCCACAGAGAAGCGUGUCAAACGCUGGGCCAUUUCCAUAGAUGAGCUUGUCUCCGAUCCAACGGGCUUGCAUGAAUUCACCGUGUUUCUCGAGAAGGAGUAUUCGCAUGAGAACAUCCGAUUCUGGAUUGCUGUGAAUUGUCUCCGCCGAUCUGCGCAGUCGCAAGUAGCGCAUAAGGUUAACGAGAUAUUCGAAGAGUUUCUCAAGCCUGGAGCUCCCUGUGAAAUUAAUAUCGAUGGCAAGACAAUGGAGAGCGUUUUACGCGGUCUCAAAAAUCCAUCUCGCUUCACAUUCGAUUCCGCUUCCGAGCACAUCUACAUGCUGCUGUUGAAAAAAGAUUGCUACCCGCGAUUUGUACGCUCGGAGCACUACAAACGUCUUGUAGACAGUGGCAUUCAGCCGUCGCACAAAAAGCGCUUCUUUAACUUUGGCGGCGUUGGUGGCGCCAAGAAAAAGAUGACUGCUGCCCUUUCCAGUCAGCCGCAUUUGGGGGAUGCGUCCAAAGUCUCAAUUAUACCCACACCACCUCCAGGAAACUUGGCUCGACGUCGAGGCAGUGAUCGGAGUCUCACUGGAUCGGCACACGAGCUCGCUGUCAUUGGGGUUGACAAGGACUCCGGCUCGAAAGUGCCACACUCCCAUUCGCAAAACAAUCUUUGCGAGAUUCCAUACAGAGAAACACCUAACACGAAGGUCAUUCAGCUGGAGGUCACCGAGGAGAAUUUGCCAGCUGCAACUUGUAGUGUCUGCCCUUGGGAUAAUUUGUCGCCAGUUCCAGUUCCGCCAGCAGCACCUGUUAAGCUGUCUGUUAGUCCAUGCGAGCAGAAAACUCAAACAUCCAGUUCAAUGGUGACUACAUCUCCAUUUGAUGCAGCUUCCACUUCAGCUUGGCUGUCAACUUCGAAGCCAGAUAAACUCAAUGACAGAAGCGAUCCGAAACCUUUAACUGGCACAUUUCCGGAAUUGUGCGAGUUAGGCGAUCGCAUACAACGUAAUAUAGGCAUACGGCAUCAAAACACCGUAGACAGUGGCGAGGCGGACAGCAAACGUUUGCUGCCCAAUUUGGUCGAGCAACGACGUGCCUCCGUUUCCUUAAUGCCCAGCUUCAGGGAACCUGAAUUCGCACGUACCAGUUGCUUGUCGUCUGCAACCUCGCCCAAUGUUAAUGACAGCUUCCCACCAGUAGAGGUCCGAAAUCAAUGUGUUUCCAGUGAGAGUCAGAGCAGCAUUACAACUACAACUGCAACUGCAACUGCAGCUACAACCACAACAACUACAAAAGAUCUGCCAACUAGCAGUGGUGAAAAAGUGGAGCUUAUGGGGGAACUCAACAAAUUGUCAAUGUCACAGCGUAGCAGCGAUUUAGCUGUUUCCGAGUUGCCAGCAUUGACCACACCAGUGCCAACACCAACACCAACCGCAACUGCAACCGCAACACCAAUAGCAACAGCAACAACAACACCAACACCGCCGUCUAACACCAAGUUAACCCCAUCGCCCAAAAUAUGCACACCUUAUGUACAAAGGACUCUUAAAAGUCAGGACUCAACGUCCGCAAAUGCAAAAGUUGAAACAGACGAUCCAACUGGAAGUGUCCUCAGCAGCAUCAGCAGCAAUGAGGCGGCGGACCAGAAGUUCGACUUUGACUCCCAGACUGUCAUCAAAGAAGUGCAAAUUGAGCUAAUUGAGCCGAUAAUUUACAACAAUAAUGAACUACAGCUUGAACUUGCCGAUAAUAAAGUGCAGGAACAACAGGCUCAACACGCCAAUAAUCCGUGUCUGAGCAGCAGUAACAGUAAAGAUAUCCAAUGCGAUCCACAACAAGAUAAACAAUUUAAGGAACUGAUUGAGAUGGAAAUCGCCGAAUCGGAUGUAACAUCCGAUUUGGAGGUGUUUGUACAGGAAAGUGCUGAAGGAGAGCUAUCGCCCACCACCGAAGAAUAUCAGGAAGGAAUGCAUUUUGGAGAUGCCAGAAAGGAUAUUGUUUACGACAUCGGUGAUACGGACAGGCAUCUUGGCUAUAUACCACCCGCAUCUACACCAGUGCCUUCAAUGGCGCCACUCGCUGUCCUAGAUAUCGACACAGUUGAUGAUGAGCACUUUGACGACGAUCUUGUCGUCCAAAUACCAGUGCCAGUGCCAGUGGCAGUCCCAGUGACGGUCCCGGUCCCGGUGCCAGUUCCAGUCGCAGUCCCAGUGUCGGGAGUCUUGAGUAGCGAAGAAGUCCGACGGCGUCGCAAAAAGCGCAAUUUGGAAGCUGGUAAAAAGGAUGAAAAGGACAAGAAGAAUGAGAAGGCUAGCGGCACAGCAGAAACAGUCACGGAUGUCGAGGUCGAGCACAAUACUAUAUGUCCUUGGGAAGAUGAAAACGUUGACACAAGUGACGGAACCUUUGUAAAGACAUACGCUACGCUUGGGUACUUAUGAACAAAGCCGAAAUUUUUAAAAUUAGUGGUCAACAAGUUUCUGAAGAAGUAGCAAACAAACAAAAUAAUAACACUUAUCCAUACAAGAGUAACUUAUUUAUUGUACUGUGUACUAAAGCACAUUUUGCAUGUAUUUAUACAAAAAAAUAAUACGUACAUAUAUAAGAAUAUUUAUCUGUUUGUCUUUAACUCAGUGUAUUUAUGUAUUUAUAUAUAUUUAUACAUACAUACGUAUAUAUAUACAUAUAUAUAUGGUAGAUGCAUAAACGCUUCACAAUUUCAAACUAAACAGAUACAUAUAUAGCUAGUUGAAAGGUUUGUUUAUGUCUAAAAGACCUAUUAAAAAAAAACGAAAAUAUAGUAGUAAAGGCAAGUAAAAUGAAAUGUUAUUUA